UUCUUUAUCUGAUUCUGCCUACCAGUUCAUCACUUUUGUUCCUGACGCUUCCGCCUUAUGGGGUCAUGACAUGAACGACAUUUAAGACUGUGCUGUCUAGUAGACGAGAGAGAGAGAGAGAGAAACCAGAGCUUCGGAGCGUUGCAGCUGCUGCUACAGACAUGGACGCAGUCGUUGAAGCCAGCGUGUGAGCUGUAGCAUUCUCCCGAUCGCUGUCUCCGUCCUUGUACUCAAUGUGGUAGAUCAUGGUUGUUUCCUUUCCCAUCUACCGCUUGAGCUGAGAUACGUUCAUUUUUGGUGUGUUGUGGAAAAUCUUUGAUGUUUGAAGAGAUUUCGUGAUUUGCACAUUAGUGAUGAGGUGUGGGUCUGACAGGAGUCUUCAUUUUGUUCAAGGUCUUGAUAGAUUUUCUUUCAUUUUGCCGGAGCGUGUUCUCCUCCGAAUAGCGCUUUGCAAAACACAGAUUGCUUUGAGAGUUGGGGUGUGUUGGUGAUGCUGCACAAGUGCCGAGUAGGAAGAGAGGCUUUGAAGGCUUGCCUGCAUGCCUUGCACUAGUUUUGCGAGAUUUGUUGCAAGAUUAAAUUCCAUUGACGUCCCUGAUAUUGGCGAUCCGGAGUUGGGCCGAGCUGCGAGAUUGAAGCCUCAGAGAGUGAAAGAGUGAUAUGCGUGUUCUUGGCGAAUAGGAGGCAUGGAACCUGCAGCUCAUUCUCCUAGUGAGGAGUACCGAGCCUUAGUUGACAAGGCUUACAGCAAGUUCGCUAGACUGCGGGAUUUCCCACCCUACGGUCGAAAUAAAUGGGAUCACUAUUUCCACAAGGCCUUUCAGGUGUACUCCAGGCUAUGGAAGUUUCAACAAGAGCAUCGUCAUCAACUGGUGGAGGUUGGCUUGAAACGGUGGGAGAUAGGGGAGAUUGCAUCUCGAAUAGGGCAGUUGUAUUACAACUACUACCUGCGCACCAGCGAUGCCAAGUUCCUUUCAGAGGCUUACAUUUUCUAUGAAGCCAUCUUGACACGGGAUUAUUUCAAAGACACUGAAAAGGAUGCCCCCUUGGCCAAUAAGCAACUGCGCUUCUGUGCACGGUUUAUUGUGAUUUGCUUGCUUCUCAACCGGAGAGAGAUGGUGCAAAUGCUGGUGCGCCAUCUGCGAACUCUUGUGGAUGAAUUCGGCCAUACAUACCAGGGCGCUGACGCAAAGGAGUGGAAAGUGGUAGUGCAAGAGGUAAUUCGAUUCAUGAAAGCUGAUGCGGCAUGUGAGUUGAGCAGGCCUUUGAGAUACAGUGUGCUGCUGGAUUCUCACCCUUCCUCAAUUCCAGCAGUUGCCACCAUGGAAGACAUCAAACCUUUGCGACUGGAGGAUGCAAUUCUUGCUAGCUACUAUCACAACGAGGUUAAGUUUAGUGAGCUAUCUUUGGAUACAUUCCGAAUGCUGCAAGCCUUGGAAUGGGAACCCAGCGGUUCUUUAUAUCGCACACGUAUCGGAGAACCUAGUAGUAGGAUGAGCACGUCAAGUCACGUUGGAGUUGCAGAGGAAAUCCCUGACCCUAGCUUGCCCCCCAAUCCCCAUAAAUACAUCUUAUACCGUCCAUCGGUCCAGCAUUUGCUUCUCGUACUGGCUACAGUUUGUGAAGAGAUUCCUGCUAAUUCUUGUAUAUUGCUUUAUGUGGCUGCAUCAGGCAAGUCAGCUCGGUCCACGAUGUCUUCUCACCCGUCCUCAGCAAAUUUGAUGAUGGAUAUUUCAUCUGGAAACAGCAAGGUUGUCUCUUUGACUCCUACUCUCAGCUUGAAUCAGUUAACAAUCUCUCAUAUUCAAUCUUACAUGAAGCCUGGUAUAGGCGGUAUGAUGGCUGAGAUUGAUCAAAGUGACAAUUCGGCAGCAAGUACCCCCGUAGACAGUCCUAAGAAAGGAACUGCUGGGGAUAGAAGCUCAGCUUUGGAUUCACCUGGUAGCCCCAGCCCUGGCCUUCGGUUGGGGUCAAGGCGUAGCCCAGGUGAUAAUUUCCUUUAUCCAAGUGACAUUCUCCCGUUUACGCGUCGCCCUCUCUUCAUCAUAGUUGACAGCGAUAACAGCUGCGUCUUCGAGUCCCUGAGUGGAAACGAGAGAGGAGAACCAGCAGUUAUGCUGCUGUCGCCGAGCUUGCAGCCUGAUGAGAAAGGCAUGGGAGUCCCAGCAUCUGUAUCAUAUCCCAACAGCUGUGGCAACAUGUUCACAUUCUUCUUGACCGCCCCGUUUCUUGCAUUUUGUCGAGUCGUUGGGAUCUCGAUUUCAACCUUGCAGAAGGGCCAAUUGGAACACACCGAGAAGUUCCUCUCAACACUGCUGGCAGACUUGGGCAACAUCCUCGCAGCGUCAACCUCAAUCAACUACGCCUGGGCUCGUGUAUUGCAUGAUCCUUUUCUUCGUCAACUUGUGCUCAGGUUCAUUUUGUGCCGAGGAGUUUUCGCGCUCCAUUCCAGGUUUCGUGACAAGCCCGAGUUUCUACCACGGUGUUGUCCUGCGCUCCCUGAGGAGGUCCUUCCGACUAUGCCCACGGUAGAAUCUCUGGUUAGCUACCUUGCGACCAGCGUAGGAGUGGCUGACCAGUUCGAGUUCUCGCAUGCAUCCAUGAAAAGGUCUGGAGAAGGUUCAGAGGGAAUGACAAAUAGAACCUCUACCUUGGAUAAGCCGCUUAGUUAGAAUUCCCGUUCAUGGCCUGAUUAAUGGAGGCAGCUAGGGUGUUCAAGGAGCUGCACCAAGUUGCCCCAAAAAAUUGGUGCAGGUUUCGAAGUUGUACUGAGAACCUUAGAGAGUUGAGUUGUGGUCGCUCCAUCGAAGUCGAGCUACUUCCGUGCUUCAUUCAUAGUUGUAUGAAAUUGAUCCUUUUCCGAGUUAGCAAGUAGUCAAUUAUGUUUGUCCUCGCAACCAUCAGGUUUCUAUGCUUUAGUUUUUUGGAAAUAUGUGCGAAAGCAAUGUAGUUUAUCGGUUUUGUUGAAAUGAUCGAAGAAUGGAGUGCGGCUCUCAGUCUACUCACCACUCCCGUCCCUCGCU